AUGUACUCUAAUAAAGAAAUUGAAAGAGAAUUAAAGAAAUGGACAAUUGAAUUAGACGAGAUAGAGUUGAUGGAGGAGAUUAGUUCUAGUCCAUGGUCAAAGAUACAUAGAGCAUUGGUUAGAGGAUUGGAGGCAGCCGUAAAGAUAAUUGAUCUAGAGGAUUUGGAACAAUCAAUCGUCGACAAUAUGUUGAGAGAAGUGAUGAUAUUGUUGCAACUACGUAAUCCAAAUAUUAUAUUGUUGAUGGGUGUCUGUAAAACACCAAGCAAAUUGUACAUAGUCACUGAAUACUUGCAAGGCUCUGUCUACCACCUCAUCAAACAACAGCAACAACUACAACUCAACGACAUCUCCUUGUUGAUGGACACUAAACGUGCAUUGAUGGUUGCCAAGGACGUAUCAUUGGCAAUGAAUUGGAUGCAUCGUCAAUCUCCUCCCAUGGUACAUCUGAACCUUAAACCAUCAAACAUUCUCUAUGGUACCAACUUUCAAAUUAAAAUUAGUGAUUUUAGUCUUUGUAAAGUUAAACAAGGUUCUAAAUUAACUGGUCAAGCUGGUAGUACUGCUUAUAUGGCUCCUGAAAUAUUACAAAAUAGAGAAUAUAAUGAAAGAUCAGAUGUUUAUUCAUUUGGGAUUAGUUUAUGGGCAAUGUUAACACAACGUGAUCCUUAUGAAGGGAUGUUUAAGAGUUAUCCAGAGAUGGUAGGUGCGAUAGAGGAGGGAGUGCGUCCCCCCAUCGACCAGAAAUGGUCGAAUCGACUCAAAGACUUUCUCUACAUGUGUUGGCACAAAAACCCAGUUCAGAGACCAUCGUUCCAAGAGAUUAUAGAUAAUCGCAUGAUUGAAGGUGCCAUCAUACACGAACUGCUACAAGAGGAUAUGGACUCGUUAUGCUUUUGGAAGAGUGUGGCCAAGGAGCGCACCGAGAUGGGGUGGGAGGAGUUUUAUCACGGAUUUGUCGAACACCUCGGACUCGACAGUUCAGUGGUGCCACUAUACUCUAAAGAGAUUAAAUGUUUAAAGCAAAUGCUCGAGGUUGGUGAACCCGAUUCCAACCGAGGAACGGUCCAACUCGAACAUUUUGCUCGAUUCACACAAUACUUUGGACCAAUCACUCGACAUGGUGGUAUGCAUCCACUCGAUAGAAUGUGGGAUGUAUGUACCAUGCCAGGGUUUAGAGGUGCAAUGUCGACCAACGAGGUUCACUCGGCUCUUGCCGGUCAGAAAAAAGGAGCCUAUCUUGUGCGGUUCUCUUUCUCUGAAAAGUCGUGUUACACCAUAUCCUAUGUCGCAUCGAGUCGAUCGAGUGAUAUCGGAAACAUCAAGGUGCUCUACGACGGCAACAGAGCCAGCUAUCUCUACAAAGGCGGUAAAACAGUCUAUCCAUCAUUUCAACAACUCAUCACACGUCAUCAACCUAAAAACGAACCAUUUAGAGAACCAAUGCACGGUGGUCCAUUCCUUGCCCUCCAAUUGAAAUUACCUCUUUCAACUGGUGCUGAAACUGUCUAUCUUGCAGUUCCUCCAAGUUUAUUUAAACAUAUCUAG